UUCAAAGGUAGCAGCAGCUUUCUUUACUCAUCUGUCUCCACUGAGUAAUCUGUGAUCGGACAUUUCUACGAUUUAACCGAGCAUGGGGUUUUCUGGUAUGUCUAAUUCGUGUUUGGGAUGCGUUCCGUUUAGGCAGUCCAAGAUGGAACAGUAGUGCUACUAAUUUCUAGCAACACUGGCAGAAUAGCUGCAGUCCAGUGGAGGGAAGAAGGACCGGACUGUUAAUUCAUGCUCUCAGAAGUGCAAUCCAGCUGGCCUGUCUUGUUGUCUUCAUCAAACCUCUCACCCUGGUGAAGACCAAAGCAGAAGUUUGGAUGCAGGGCGUAUGCUGGCUGCUGUCCCUUGGUCUGGCAGGGGCACUCGCUGUACUGUCGAAAGACCAGAUGGCUCAUCAUGCCAUCAAGGUAUAUAGGAAUAAAGCGGUCACACACGGCCACAGCUGGGUGGCCAGACACUGCAAGCGGCUGGUGGGUCUCCUCAAUCAGAAGAAUGUGGCUAUCAAGAAGCUGACAGCGGCUGCUGAUGCAGUUAGACGAGAUAAAGGCCUUUCAGAACCAGAGAAACACUUCCAGGUUCACACUCUGGAGGUUUUUCAGAAGGAGCUGAAUGAGAGUGAACACCUGGUGUUCCAGGCAGUGCACAGCCUACAGAGGGUGCUACAGGGCGACUAUAGGGAUGUGGUCAACAUGAAGGAGAGCAGCAGACAAAGGCUGGAGGCCCUCAGGGAGGCAGCUAUAAAGGAAGAACAGGAAUAUGUGGAGCUGGUGGCUGCAGAGAAGCACCAGCAGGAAGCUGUUAAGAGUGCUUUGACCCAGAACAAAUCUCUGUCCAUGUUGGAUGAAAUUCUGGAGGAUGUCAGGAAGGCAGCAGACCGACUAGAGGAGGAGAUCGAAGAGCAUGCCUUUGACAACAACAAACAGAUGAAGGGAGUGAAUGUAGAAGCAGUGCUGAGAGUGGAGGAAGAUGAAGAGAAUGGAGGGAAAAAGAAAAACAAAUCCAGACUGAAAGAAGUGGAGGAUAACCUGGGACUGAGCAUGCUCAUUGACUCACAGAAUAACCAGUAUGUUCUGACCAAACCACGAGACUCCACAAUGCCAAGAGCCGACCAUCACUUCAUUAAGGACCUGGUGUCAGUGGUGAUGCUGUCCCUGCCAUGUGGCUGGAUUUGCACUCUGGUGGGUCUUCCUCCCAUGUUUGGAUAUGUCGUCAGUGGAGUCCUGCUUGGUCCCUCUGGUCUCAACAGUAUCAAGUCUAUGGUGCAGGUGGAGACUCUGGGGGAGUUGGGUGUGUUCUUCACUCUGUUCGUGGUGGGGCUGGAGUUCUCACCUGAGCGCCUUCAAAAGGUAUGGAAGACCUCAGUUCAGGGGUCAUGCUACCUGUGUCUGCUGAUGGUGGGGGCCGGAUUGUUGUGGGGACUAUGUCUUCAUAUUCGACCCACCCAGACCGUCUUCAUUUCCACUUGCCUGUCCUUGUCUAGCACUCCACUAGUGUCUCGAUUUCUAGCGGGAGGAAGUAGGGUGGACAAGGAAGGUGACCUGGACUACAGCAGUGUUCUCCUUGGGAUGUUAGUGAUGCAAGAUGUUCAACUCGGCCUCUUCAUUGCUGUCAUGCCGACGCUGAUUCAGGCACAGAGUGGAGACUUGGAAAGCUUUCUGUUCGGAGGUCUGCGAGUGCUAUAUCUGCUGGCACAGGUUCUGCUGUCUCUGGCUGCUGUACUGCUGCUGUGUUUGUUGCUCAAAUCAUUCCUGAUUGGUCCAUUUUACAAGAAACUUCAUGCUGAGAGUAAAGGCAACAAGGAGAUCCUGGUGCUGGGGAUGGCAGCUUUUGUUUUUUUCAUGCUGACGAUAACAGAGUUUCUGGAUGUUUCUAUGGAGCUGGGCUGCUUCUUGGCUGGAGCUUUGCUUUCCUCACAGGGUCACAUGGUCACAGUAGAGGUCAUGGGCUGCAUUGAGCCAAUCAGAGAUUUCCUCGCCAUCAUCUUCUUUGCCUCUAUUGGUCUCCAUGUGUUCCCGACGUUCGUGCUGUAUGAACUCACCAUUCUACUGGUGCUGACACUCACACUCGUCAUUAUGAAGUUUAUCAUGGCUGUAUUGGUACUGUCUGUAAUCUUGCCUCCAAGCUCCAGACACAUUCGGUGGAUUGUCUCAGCUGGUCUGGCUCAGGUCAGCGAGUUCUCCUUUGUCUUGGGUAGCCGAGCACGUCGGGCAGGCAUCAUCUCCAGAGAGGUGUACCUGCUGGUUCUCAGUGUCACCACCCUCAGUUUGCUGCUGGCUCCGCUUUUGUGGAGAGUUACCACAAACAAAUGGGUUCCCCGCACCGAACGCAAAACACUCACAUGACCAGAGGACCAAAAUAGUCCCAUCUGAGUUUUAAAAACUUUGCAGCCACAUCACAAGUCUUACUUCUUUUUUCUGUUUGACCAAAGCUCCAUCCAUUUCUUGUCACUGAAUGAAGUCUCCUGCAUCACAAGGAAGAAAAUAAUCAUUGUAAACAUUUUGAUGUGUUUUUUUUUUUUCAAAGCCUGCUUUAGACCAUCAGAAAUGUCUUUAGGUUUGUACUGUUCAUUCUACCGUUGUUAUAUAAAAUGUUGGUGCAAGACUGCUUUAAGAUAAUUUUUAAAUAAUAACCUAAUCUCAAUGAGCGGAUAUCUACAUGUAGAGAUGCUACAUCUGUGCACAUGGGACAAACAUUCCCUGCAUUCCACUUGCCAAAAUUCUGACCAUUCACAUUCAAGCUUUCAUUCCUUGCAUGCAUGUUAAAAUGUUGAGAAAAAGAGACGCAAUUCUGGGAAAACCUCUCAAAAACAUCAGCUGUUAUCCAAACGUUCAGCCUUUUAUCAGCUUUUCAGAUUUAUCUUAUGUAUUUAAACUGUAACAGGUGCACAGAACAGAAAGCCUUGGCCUUGUGGUCUCCUGGCUACACCUGAAGCAUGGAAAUGUUGGUCUCUCUCCCCAGACAGAUAGUCAUUAAACUGAUGAAAAUGAGUUUCAAGAGUGGUGAUAUAAAUGAAAUACUACUUCAAAUGCUUAACAGUGUCUGCAGCUGUCUUGAUAUAAAACCCAACUGCUUUAAAGUUUAAAGAAGCACAAAAAAACAAAGUUCUUUUCUGUUCAGACCCUCCUAAUGGUAAGCAUUAGGACAGAGCACAGAGAUAAUCUCAGUAUUUCCAGUUAGUUGUGUUUUGAACCUUAAACUUUCCCUUGUAGAAAUCACAUCUACAACACACUUCUACCAUUAGGUGAAUUAUUAUUAUGAUUAUGAUUAUUAUUAUUAUUAUUAAGGGAGCAUUUCUUGUAGUUUAAAGUUGUCUCUGUCUCUACUGAAUUUUUGGUAAUAGAUUUUUUGUAUUCAGAUGUAGGAUAUUGUUGAUAACUGACUGUCUCUGAUUGUACCAAAAUACUUGUCUGCUGUAUUUAAUCAAUGCUUUUUGUAUUUUAUUCUGAUCAUUGUACUACUCUGAACAUCAGUUUUAUAACACUUGAGUGUUUUUCAGAAAUCUAUUAAUUCUGUGUACAAAUCUUCCUUCUUGCAUUCUAGAAAACCAUGGUAUGUUGCACUGCACUAAAAAACUAAGAAUGUACACAAAUAACUACAAUCCUGGAAGCAGAAUGACCUCUGAGACUUGAUUUACUGAUGAGACAUUUAAAUAUAAUAUAAACGCUGCACUAGUUACUGGUGGAUGUUAAACUUGUGUGCCUUUCGGAGUGUAAUUGUAAGGAAGCACAUUUCUCAUUGGGAUCAAAGCAUCCUUGUCUGAUGUAAAUCAUGUGCAAUGUAAAUGUGUGCAAUGCCACAUGUUACUGUGUACGUUAAUAAUAUUGUGAAAUAUUUUUCUUCAUUAUGUUAAUGGAGAGGCUCUGUUAGUUUAAAUGAGUGUGCUGUUGACCACAAAUGAGACACCAGACAUUUUCUCCCAUAUGUCUGUUUAUUUUGAGAGUAGUGGAAAUUUUCAUUUAUUUAUUAAAUAAAACAAAAAGGUGCUUUCA